UCUAAGAUCCCCGAGUAUACUUGCAUUUAAGAGACUAAUUCCCCAUAGAGAGGCUUCUUGUUUAAAAUCUAAGAAAACACCAGAUAAGAGGCAUUCUAAAUAUAUUUCUUUUCUAUAGAUGCUGAUCUCCUGUUACUGGAAAACAGGAAUUAGCCUGUCUGCUUGAGGAUGUGGUUGGUUCUUUAUAAAAAGGAUACAGAAGAAAUUUGCACAGACUGCCAGCUUCAUUAUGCUGCCGGCGGCUUCCAGCAAAAGGAGAACGUUUGCAGCCAGAUAUUUCUCCCGCUCCAAAAGCCUGGUGAUGGGGGAGCAGAGCCGGAGCCCUGGGCGGCCACCGUGCACACACAGGCUCGGCCCCGUGCUGAAGGCAGGCUGGCUGAAGAGGCAGCGGAGCAUCAUGAAGAACUGGCAGCAGCGCUGGUUCGUGCUGCGCGGGGACCAGCUUUUCUACUACAAGGACAAAGAUGAGACCAAGCCCCAGGGAUUUAUUUCUCUACAAGGGACCCAAGUGACUGAACUUCUUCCUGGCCCUGAGGACCCAGGGAAGCACCUCUUUGAGAUCAGCCCAGGUGGUGCCGGGGAGCGGGAGAAGGUGCCGGCCAAUCCAGAGGCGCUCCUGCUGAUGGCCAGCUCCCAGCGUGACAUGGAGGACUGGGUGCAGGCCAUCCGCCGGGUCAUCUGGGCCCCGCUUGGCGGAGGGAUCUUUGGGCAGCGCCUGGAGGACACAGUCCACCAUGAGCGGAAGUACGGCCCUCGCCUGGCCCCCCUGCUGGUGGAGCAGUGCGUGGACUUCAUCCGGGAGCGCGGGCUCACCGAGGAGGGUCUCUUCCGCAUGCCGGGCCAGGCCAACCUGGUGAGGGACCUGCAGGAUUCCUUUGACUGUGGAGAGAAACCACUGUUUGACAGCACAACGGACGUGCACACGGUGGCCUCCCUGUUGAAGCUCUACCUGCGGGAGCUCCCUGAGCCUGUGGUCCCCUUCGCCAGGUACGAGGACUUCCUCAACUGCGCCCAGCUGCUCACCAAGGACGAGGGGGAGGGGACUCUGGAGUUGGCUAAACAAGUGAGCAACCUUCCUCAGGCCAAUUACAACCUGCUUAGAUACAUCUGCAAGUUUCUGGAUGAGGUUCAGUCUCACUCAAACGUCAACAAGAUGAGUGUCCAGAACUUGGCGACUGUUUUUGGACCUAACAUUCUACGACCACAGAUAGAGGACCCAGUAACCAUCAUGGAAGGCACCUCCCUCGUGCAGCACCUGAUGACUGUCCUCAUCCGGAAACACAGCCAGCUUUUCACUGCCAUGGCCCCAGAAGGGCCCACCUCCCCACGUGGGGGCCCACAGUGCACAGUGGGCUGGGGCUCUGAGGAGGUCACCAGGGACAGCCAAGGAGGGCCUGGUGGCCCCAUUCUCCCCGUGCACAGGACCUCUUCUCUGGACGGGGCCACUGUAGCGGUGCUCUCCAGAACCUCUUCCACAGGGCUGAGCAGCCGUCCUGCAGCCACCUGCCCUGGGAAGAAGGUACAGACGCUGCCCAACUGGAAGUCUUCCUUCCGGCAGCCGGGCUGCCGGUCGGGGAGUCCCAAGGGAGGCAGUUCAUCCCUGGAAGUGCCCAUCAUUUCUUCUGGCGGAAACUGGCUCAUGAAUGGGCUGUCCUCCCUGCGAGGCCACCGUCGGGCCUCAUCAGGAGACCGCCUCAAGGACUCGGACUCUGCGCAGAGACUCUCCACCUAUGACAAUGUGCCCCCAGCCAGCCUCGCACCCAGCACCCCCAGCGUGGCCAGCACAGCGUGGUCUGGGGCCUCGUCCUCGGGGGAGGCCUCCGCGGGGGGCUCCCUGGGCAGCUGCACGGCCUGCCGUGCCAGCGACUCCUCGGCUCGCAGCUCCCUGCACGCAGAGUGGGCCCUUGAGCCUUCCCCGCUCCCCAGCAGCAGCGAGGAUCGCCACUCCCCGAACCUGGGCCACAGCCCAGACGAGGCAGCUGCGGGUGCCAGCAGCAGUGAGCCCAGUGAGCUGGGCAGCCCAGGCCGAGAGCACACGCGUCGCGCUCAGGCGCUGCAGGGCCUAGUGGUGGAGCUCAGGGCGGAGCUGAGCCGGCAGAAGACUGAGUACGAGACAAGUAUGAAAAGGCUUGAAGAAGGUAGUGCUGACCUGAGAAAACGAAUGUCCUGCUUAGAAGAGGAACUGGACCAGGAAAAGAAAAAGUACAUCAUGUUGGAAAUAAAGCUGCGGAAUUCUGAGCGGGCACGGGAGGAUGCUGAGCGGAGGAACCAGCUGCUGCAGAAGGAAAUGGAGGAGUUUUUUUCAACCCUGGGAAGCUUGACUGUUGGGGCAAAAGGUGCCAGAGCCCCGAAAUAGAAGGAAGGGCAGGGCUCACCUCUGUGUUGUCUGCUGGUCUCACCACACAAGGAGCCAGAUACCUCGGUAGCUGGGACCAGGCCUGGUAGGGCCAGGUGCCCUGGAACCAGCUGGGGAGAGAUCCUGACUCCACCCUACCCCCAGGCACCCCAGGUGGGAUCUGGAGGCUGCUCCAACCACAUGGAGCUUGGUGAUGGUCAGAAGGGGGCAGUGAUUAGCCCCUCACCCAGGAAAAGUCCCCCAUGGCCACAUAAAUGGAUGGCACCCGGGAUCUGGGUAGCCACAGGAAGUUUGCUUUAUUAAAUUUGUUCAGAAAGCACAAUGCCU